UAUCACAUGUAGUUGGCAACAGCUGCUGCUUAGGAGGACUUUGGAGAAACUUGUACGGGACCAGGACUGAGUAUCAAAGUUUUUGAGAACCUUGGGUCAGGAACCUGAUUUACCUUUAGAGACUUGAAUGAGACACCUUCGUGUCCUGGCUGGGGUGGGGGAUGAGGAGAGGGAACUCCUGUGUGCCAAGGAUUGAGCAGGUCAUCCGUUAUCUUACCUAAUCCUUAGAAAAGUGUUAUGAAUGAGGAGCCAGAGGCUCAGAGACACUAAGUAAUGUUUCAGGAGUCACUCAGCCGGUAAUUGAGGAGCUGAGACCUAAUCCUUCUCAUUGACUUGGAAUUCACGUUUUCCCUACCAUGUCACGCUGCAGGACUUGAGGCAGUGCCCACCGUGGUAGGGAGCCCCUAUCCUCCCCACCAUCCUGGAGUACCUCUGCAGCCUCUGAUGACCUGGGAAUAUGGAGCCUCUGAUGGCUUGGGAAGUACACUGUGCGAUGGGCACAUUACUAGGCACAGAAGAGGGAGAUAAUACAGAUCAUUCAAGAAGUGUCAAGUUGUCUUGAAGAUUCAUGGUAUACAGACUGAAAGAGAUUUUACACUAUAACAAUGUCACGUAAAUGACGAUGUGUUAAUUUAACAUUAAUAAAGGUAAUGGCUGCUAAGUAGAGAGUCAGUAGUCGGAAGAGUUGGACAGCCAGAGAAGACAUCCUGGAAGAAGUGAGCUUUGAGGCAUGUAGUGAAAAGAUAAAACUGGAGUUUGAGACACAUCUUCGGAGGGCAAUGAAACGUUUCAAUAAAGAGGUCCAUGCGGACACACACAAGGUUCACCUUCUCUGUCUGCUGGCAAAUGGCUUCUAUCGAAAUAACAUCUGCAGCCAACCAGAUCUGCGUGCUAUUGGCCUUUCCAUCAUCCCAGCCCACUUUACCAGAGUGCUGCCUCGAGAUGUGGACACCUACUACCUCUCAAACCUGGUGAAGUGGUUCAUUGCAACAUUUACAGUUAAUGCAGAGCUUUCAGCCAGUGAACAAGAUAACCUGCAGACUACAUUGGAAAGGAGAUUUGCUAUUUACUCUGCUCGAGAUGACGAGGAAUUGGUCCAUAUAUUCUUACUGAUUCUCCGGGCUCUGCAGCUCUUGACCCGGCUGGUAUUGUCUCUACAGCCAAUUCCUCUGAAGUCAGCAGCAGCAAAGGGAAAGAAACCUUCCAAGGAGAGACUGACUGCGGAUUUGGGAGGCUGCUCAGAAACUUCCAGCCAAGUUCUAGAAAACCACACCAAGCCAAAGACCAGCAAAGGAACCAAACAAGAGGAAACCUUUGCUAAGGGCACCUGUAAGCCAAGUGCCAAAGGGAAGAGGAGCAAGGGAGGCAGAAAGAAACGGAGGAAGCUCUCCUCCAGCGAGGAAGACCAGGGCCCAGGAGACAAGCAGGAGAAGGCAACCCAGCGACGUCUACAUGGCCGGGAGCGGCGGGUGGUCUCCAGGGUGUCUUAUAAAGAGGAGAGUGGGAGUGAUGAAGCUGGCAGUGGCUCUGAUUUUGAGCUCUCCAGUGGAGAAGCCUCUGAUCCCUCUGAUGAGGAUUCCGAACCUGGCCCUCCAAAGCAGAGGAAGGCCCCCGCUCCUCAGAGGACAAAGGCUGGGUCUAAGAGUGCCUCCAGGACCCAAUGUGGGAGCCAUCAUAAGGACCCAAGCUUGCCAGCGGCAUCCUCAAGCUCUUCGAGCAGUAAAAGAGGCAAGAAAAUGUCCAGCGAUGGUGAGAAGGCAGAAAAAAGGAGCAUAGCUGGUGUAGACCAGUGGCUAGAGGUGUUCUGUGAGCAGGAGGAAAAGUGGAUAUGUGUGGACUGUGUGCACGGCGUGGUGGGCCAGCCUCUGACCUGUUACAGGUACGCCACCAAGCCCGUGACCUAUGUGGUGGGCAUUGACAGUGACGGCUGGGUCCGAGAUGUCACACAGAGGUAUGACCCAGCCUGGAUGACAGUGACCCGCAAGUGCCGGGUUGAUGCCGAGUGGUGGGCAGAGACCUUGAGACCAUACCAGAGCCCAUUUAUGGACAGGGAGAAGAAAGAAGACUUGGAGUUUCAGGCAAAACACAUGGACCAACCUUUGCCCACUGCCAUUGGCUUAUAUAAGAACCAUCCUCUGUAUGCCCUGAAGCGGCAUCUCCUGAAAUAUGAGGCCAUCUAUCCUGAGACAGCUGCCAUCCUUGGGUAUUGUCGUGGAGAAGCGGUCUACUCCAGGGAUUGUGUGCACACUCUGCAUUCCAGGGACACGUGGCUGAAGAAAGCAAGAGUGGUGAGGCUUGGAGAAGUACCCUACAAGAUGGUGAAAGGCUUUUCCAACCGUGCUCGGAAAGCCCGACUUGCUGAACCCCAGCUGCGGGAGGAAAAUGACCUGGGCCUGUUUGGCUACUGGCAGACAGAGGAGUAUCAGCCCCCCGUGGCCGUGGAUGGGAAGGUGCCCCGGAACGAGUUUGGGAAUGUGUACCUCUUCCUGCCCAGCAUGAUGCCUAUUGGCUGUGUCCAGCUGAACCUGCCCAAUCUACACCGCGUGGCCCGCAAGCUGGACAUCGACUGUGUCCAGGCCAUCACUGGCUUUGAUUUCCAUGGCGGCUACUCCCAUCCCGUGACUGACGGAUACAUCAUCUGUGAGGAAUUCAAAGACGUGCUCCUGACUGCCUGGGAAAAUGAGCAGGCAGUCAUUGAAAAGAAGGAGAAGGAGAAAAGGGAGAAGCGGGCUGUAGGGAACUGGAGGCUGCUGGCCAAAGGUCUGCUCAUCAGGGAGAGGCUGAAGCGUCGCUACGGGCCCAAGAGUGAGGCAGCAGCUCCCCACACAGAUGCAGGAGGUGGACUCUCUUCUGAUGAAGAGGAGGGGACCAGCUCUCAAGCAGAAGCAGCCAGGAUACUGGCUGCCUCCUGGCCUCAAAACCGAGAAGAUGAAGAAAAGCAGAAGCUGAAGAGUGGGCCCAGGAAAACCAAAAGGGAAAAGAAGGCAGCAGCUUCCCACCUGUUCCCAUUUGAGAAGCUGUGAGCUGAGCACCCACUACCGGGGCGCCCACCACUUGCUGCUGCCCCGCUACAGGCCCCACACCUGCCCCGGGCAUGCCCAGCCCCCGGUGGUGGGGGCUUCUCACUGAGAAGGCAAACUGAGGCAGCAUGCACAAGGCAGGGUCAGGGGAGAGGAGGCCAAGCUGAGGAGGUGCUGCAGGUCCCGCCUGGCCCCAGCCCUUGUCAGAUCCACCCAGGGUGAAGUCUUCAAAGCUUUUUGCUACCAAAGCCCACUCACUCUUUCAGCUACAGAACACUUUGCUGGGAGAUACUCUCCUGCCUCCUAGACCUGUUCUUUCCAUCUUUGGAAACAUCAGUUUAUGUAUGGAAGCCACCGGGAGAUUUCUGGAUGGUGGUGCAUCCAUGAACGUGCUGAUCCUUUCUUCCAGUUAGUCUUCAUCUGUCCGACAAGUUCACUCGCCUCGGUUGCGGACCUAGGACCCUUUAUCUGCAGGCCGCUUACCUUCCCCUGAGUCAGGCUUACUAAUGCUGCCCUUGCUGCCUCUUUGCAGUAAGGGAGAGAGCAGAGAAAUACAGGUCAUCUCAGAUUAUGGAAUUGCUGGGAUCUAGUUUUCCAAGUAACAUUUGCAGUGGCAGAAGCCUACAAAAAGAGCUAAAAUCAGGAAAGAAAAGGAAAAAUACGAAUUGAAAAUUAAGGAAAUGUUAGUACAAUAGAUCAGUGUUAAACUAGAUUCUAUUCAUUACUAGAUAAAAUGUAUAAAGCUCUGUACUAAGGAGAAAUAACUUUUAUAACAUUUUGAGAAAAAAAUAAAGCGUUUAUCUAAA